AUGUAUUCAGUACUCCCAUCAUCCGCCCUCAUCCUCUCUGUGCUGGCCACAUCCACCCUUGCCUCUCCUCAAAAUGACUACGGCUCAGGGUCCUCUUCAGCUACAGCCACAGCCGCCACCGCCUCUGCCUCGGGCGUGCACUCUGUCCAAGUCGGUCCAGGCCUGAGCUUCACCCCUGACACCGUCACCGCCGCCGAAGGCGACUGGGUCGAAUUCACCUUCGGUUCAGGCCACUCUGUGGCUCAAAGUUCCUUCGACGCACCCUGCGUGCCCCUUGAAGGCGGCGCGGGUGUCUAUUCCGGUUUCCCCAAUGACGGCGACGUCUGGCGUAUCAUGGUCAACAGCACCGAUCCAAUCUGGCUGUACUGCUCUGCUACAGGCCACUGCGAAGGUGGUAUGGCUAUGGUGGUGAACCCUCCAUCCUCCGGAAACACUCUCGACGCUUACAUGUCCGCUGCCGCCAACGCGCAAGGCUCUUCCCCAGAGACCGUGCAAGGUGGCGUCUUCGGCGCCGCUACCGACGACGGCGGCUCAUCCAACAGCAGCAGCAGCAGCAGCAGCGCCAGUGGCAGUUCUUCACCUACUGCCAGUUCUACCGGUUCGAGCGCCAGUGCUUCUGCUACAGGGGAUUCUGGUGCCAGUGCUAAUGCAGUCCGAAAUGGACUGUUGCUUGCUGGUGCCGUGGCUGCUGGCGUUGCCGCUGUUUUGUAA